GACCGAUGCGACUGCAGCGAUAAUGGGCCCCGAUGUACCCGUCAUUCUCCCGUUUCACGGUUACGCCAUUAAUGAUCUAUCGCGAGCACUACCAUCGGCGGUAGCAUCCGCCGCUGCGGCUACUGCGGCUGCAACUGCUGCUGCUGCUGCUGCUAGUACUGCUCCAUCGCCCACAGUUAGCCAUUCUGUUAGCUCGGGCAGUAACAACGAUAGCAUUGUACAUGGAUGGCGUGCGACGAAAAAAUAGUCCGAGUACAUAAUCUAAAUGGUCUGUUCCUGUGGUUCUGAUCUGAUCGGUGCUAGGACGCCUUUUACGUAAUCGUUUGCGCCGCCUCUGCAAUGUAGCCCUCCAUCCCUCCCUCCUCCAUAUGACAACCUGUGAUCUCUUUAGUGUGUGUACUGGGGUUGUAAGACGUACCGACGAUGGAUGUAUCUAAUAUUUCCCCGCUGCAGCACGUUUUUGAAACCCUUUUUACAAAAUGGUGUAAAAUCAAUUAGCUUUUUAGCAGAGCGAUCGUUUUUGUAUAAAAAGCACUGGCGUACGUUGACUUACCAGUAGGGGCGAGCUUCGGAUUGGACAAAAACAGGACAGCAACCUUUUAGCCUUUUUGCUGGUAAACUCUUAGCGAGACAUGUGAUUUUAGUAUUUUCUUUAUAAGAAACUAUAUUCGCAUGUAAGCACAACAGCUAUGAAUGCAUAUUACUUUUUUCUCGUUAUGCAUUGUACACCGACGGUGUUAUUCCGAUAAUUUUCGGCAGGAUAGUAACCGAACACAUACGUUUCCGGCAGUUAUGCACCUUCUAGCAGUCGAAACAGUCGUCAAAAAGGGAUACAGGAAAGCCUGAUGGGAUUAAUUUAAUUUAUGUUCUGUGUGUAUAACAAGGAUUGAAGUCGCUAACCCUCCAAUCAAGCGCCAGCAAUGACGAUCAAACAUGAAUUCAUGUCCAUAAAUUCAGCGAAAGCUUAGCGUUGCUAGGCAGUUGAUUGCUGGAUGAUAUAGAUACAGCAUUUCAAAGAACCGAGAUGCUUUCGCAUUUACUCUCCUACCGUUCGACCUUUUCCGUAUGCGUUAUCUGUUUUUCGGUUUUUGUUUUCUCAAAAUUGUUACAGUCUCAAUAAUCAGUUCAACAAUUCCUUGUGGAAUUGGUGGUCCGUUUGUUUCUUUUUUUAAAAAAAAAAUCUUCGAUUAUGUUUCGGCGCGCUCUACGACACUACACUCUGCUUUGCGACACACAACUUGGGGCUACGGUGAAACAGAAGGUGUGUGCAGUAGGAAUCGAUGUAAAGAAAGCAAAAUCCUGCAUUUAGAUGCCUCCGAAGUAAGCCGUGGACAACAGUGGCAGCAACAGGAGAAGGAGCAGCAGGAGCAGCAGCAGCAGCAGCAGCUGAUGUG